ACGUGCUGCGCAACGUCAGUUCGUACGUCAUAGUCACGUGGUAACAUUUGAAAUUAAACCUCGAAUCGCACAACAACACUACUGUCAGCAAACAGCGCAUUGGAAAUAUUAUUCCAGCGAACUGCGACGAAACAGGAAUAUUUUAUGACUUUCGAAGGUAACAUCGCUCAGGAUGUCUUUAGAGUUUGAAAAACUGUCGACCCACAAUUGGAGAGCUCCAGGCGUCCCGUCCCAGAGGAGCCAGACUCAGGAGGAGCAGGAGUCUCAGCCGGAGGGUCACGUGCAGAUCAUGUACUGUAAAGAUCAGGUGUAUCAAGAAGACUCAGAGUUCAGCCUCGAAGAGCUCCGAGCCCAGCGCUACUACAAAUCUUUGAGCGAAAGAGCCUCACACCUGCAGAAACUAAAGCAGGACCUGCAGUCUCAGAUUGAGGAUAAAAAGAGACUGAUUCAGCAGAGAAACGUCACAGCAGAGAAACAGCAGGUUGUUCAUGAGGAGGCCGGUUCUUCCUUCCAGAAAUCUGCAGGUUCCUGUGAAUCUGAUGCUGCUGUGGUGAAAUCAGCUCCGUUCACCAUAUGCAGCGAGCAGGAGGAAGACCGUGUGGUCAGCAGGUCAGUUCUUCAUUAGUCAGCGCUUGUCUUA